GGCGGCGCGGCGGAGUGUGACUGGGAAUUCCACGCGGAUGCGGGUUCUCCUCAGAGCAAUGCCCUGGCUCUCUGGGAAGCUGAAGUGAGAGGGUCCAGGUACGGGCCCAGCCCGGGCCGGGCAGCAUGACCAAGCCCCGGCUCUUUCGGCUGUGGCUGGCGCUGGGCUCUGUCCUCAUGGUCCUGCUCAUCAUCGUGUACUGGGACAACGUGGGCACUGCCCACUUCUACCUGCACACCUCCUUGUCCAGACCCCACGCCCUGGCGCCCCUCCCAACCACCGGGCAGGGGGAGGACGCGGAGUUCACCUCCGAUGUGGACGAAUUUCUAGAUAAGCUGCUCAGUUCUGGCGCAAAGCAAAGCGAGCUUUCCAAGAAAAAGACCAAACAGCCUCCAGCGCUGGCCUCCAGCAAGCCUGCACUGAGUCGCAUGGAAGAGAGCGUAAGGGGCUAUGACUGGUCCUCCCAGAAUGCCCAGCAGCGCUCCGAUGCAGGCCUGCAGCAGGCCGAGCGCAGGAGCAUGCUGCGCCACUUCUGCGCCAACUCCAGCCUGGCCUUCCCCACCAAAGAGCGCUCCUUUGAUGACAUCCCCAACUACGAGCUGAACCACCUCAUCGUGGACGACCGCCACGGUGUCAUCUACUGCUAUGUGCCCAAGGUGGCCUGCACCAACUGGAAGCGCGUGAUGAUCGUGCUGAGCGAGAGCCUGCUGGACCGCGGCGCCCCCUACCGCAACCCGCUGGACAUACCGCGCGAGCGCGUGCACAACAGCAGCACGCACCUGACCUUCAACAAGUUCUGGCGCCGCUAUGGCAGAUUCUCCAGGCACCUCAUGAAGAUCAAGCUGAAGAAGUACACCAAGUUCCUCUUCGUGCGGGACCCCUUCGUGCGGCUCAUCUCGGCCUUCCGCAGCAAGUUCGAGCUGGAGAAUGAGGAGUUUUACCGCAAGUUCGCGGCACCCAUGCUGCGUCUCUACGCCAACCGCACCAGCCUUCCCGCCUCGGUGAGCGAGGCCUUCAGCGCAGGCCUCAAGGUCACCUUCGCCAACUUCAUCCAGUAUCUGCUGGAUCCCCACACUGAGAAGCUGGCGCCCUUCAACGAGCACUGGCGGCAGGUGUACCGCCUCUGCCACCCAUGCCAGAUAGACUACGACUUCGUGGGGAAGCUGGAGACGCUGGACGAGGAUGCCGCCCAGCUGCUGCAGCUGCUCAAGGUGGAUGCGCAGGUCCACUUCCCCCCGAGCUACCGGAACAGAACUGCCAGCAGCUGGGAGGAUGACUGGUUCGCCAAGAUCCCCCUGGCCUGGCGGCGGCAGCUCUACAAGCUCUACGAGGCAGACUUUGUUCUCUUCGGUUACCCCAAACCUGAACACCUGCUCAGAGACUGAACGUCACUACAACAGCAGUCAGGGGUGUCCCCUCCAGCCCGUGGGGCCCUGCCGGGAACCUGAGUGGGGCGCUGGGGCCAAGCUGUCUCCUUGGCUUCCUUGACCUCUUGCGGAGUGUCACACGCCCUGCUGGGCUUCAGAGAGUCUGUUCACCUCGAGUGCUCAAGGCUUUAUACAACCCACAGCUUUGCAGUCUGGGCUUGCUGUUCACUACACAGCCUGUGCUCACUGAGCACUGUGUUGAUACUGUUUUCUAAGAUUAAUAUAUUUCAGAUAUUUAAUAUGAAAGUGGAGGAAAGCCAGAGUAAAGUGUGCAGCUGCGCUCUUGCUGCUCUGUGUUUCUUUGGGUUGGGCACCAAGCACACAUGGUGGAUGGGGACAUUGGUAAAUGGGGAUCCCAGGCCUCACACCCCACUAGGGGAGGAGGCUUCAUGUUGUCUCAGUGGGGAGAAGGAACCUAAAUCUGAAAGCAGGGUGUUGUAGUCAUUUUUCACAACUGGGCUGGAUAUUUUAUAAAGAAAAGAAGUGUAUGAGCUCCUUGUUUGGAGGUUCAGCAGUACGGCACCAGCAUCACCUUGGCUCUCAUGAGGACUUCAGGGUGGAGGCAAUGUCAGGGGUCACAUCACCAGAUGGGCUGUCAGAGUACAACUGGUGUCCUGUAUCUCCUUUCAAGAGCCUGACCCCCUGAACCUCAGGACUCUACCUACGCCCACCGUGGAGGACCAAGCUUCCCACACAUAGCUCUCUGGGGGGCACACCCAGACCUCAGCACAGGCCUUGCUUGUAUUUUUAAAAGGGUGGCAGGCAAAUCCUUUAAAAGUGAAAGCCUUUGUAUAGAUGAUGCAUCUGGAAGGUGCAGCCGCCAGGUCUUCUGGGCUUUCUGAGAUCAGGUGAGGUCAGGUCAGGUUGUAGAGAAGCUGUCUUUGGGUCAGAGCCACAGAGGAGGCCAGCAUCCCUAUCCAGCCAUCCCUUAGUUACAGCUGUCCCCAUCACAGCCAGCAGAAGUGGUGUCACAGGUGUCCCCAGGGUACUGUUACCACAGGUCCAUUGUCAACAGGGAGCUCAGGUAACAGGUAGACUAAAUGGUUCAGCUCCAGUACCAUUUGUCCUCAGGACACAGCUGACCUUGAAUGCUCAGGUGUGUGCAUGGGAGUGUGGGGGGUGAAGCCCAAAAAGGUGCCUCAGGAGGCCCCUUAAGCACCAAGCCACAGCCUUCUGCGGGCUGACCUUGUAACCACACUUGGCUGCAGAGCUUCUUGCUGUGAGCAGCACACUGGCCUUGUCUUUUCAUUCAUAGUUUUUGGUCAGCACUUCCCAGUUCCUGGAGUGCUUGGCAGUGCUCUGUUGGGGCAUCAACUAAAUCUCUGCUAUGCAAUGUCCCUGCCUGUCCCCAGUUUCCAGGUGGGAUAGAGGCUCUGAAGUCUGUGGCUGCUGGGUGACCCUGGACUCCGUCUCCUCCAUACUGAAAAUCAUCACCUUCCUUUGGUGGCUGUUGAAGUGAAUGCUAGCCACAUUCACUCGCCCACCCAGUUCUUAUGCAAGGCUACCACCUGGGCCCAGGGGUGUGAUGGCAGACAAGGUCCCCAGGCCGUGAGAGAUGAGCUCCGGAAGAGGGGCCACCCCACUCUACUGGAGGGAAGAUAUCAUUUCCUCUGAUUCUCUGUCACGUCUCUGGCCCACAGUAUAGUAGCCUGCACAGAAAUCUGACUGUUGUUUCUCUACCAAAAUAAAACAAUUUAAAAAAUAGUAAAUUAGAUAAUUUAACCAAACAAUCUCAGAGCAGAAAUGUUUAACUGUACUUACAUCUGUCGUGGAGCCUGUGUCACCUUCUGUACUGCAGUCAGCAGCCUGGGUCUGAACACUGCAUCGUGGUGCACAGAAGCCCAUCUGGCAGGUCUCCAUCGAGCCCCUAACUGAGCAGCCACAGAGCUGGCCGGGCCUGCUGACAGCCAGCAGAAAUCUGUGCCAGGAGGAGCCUCCACCCCACCUUCAUGCUGCAUCUCCCACUCUAUCCAGCUCUGGCCCAGAGAGCUUGUGGCCAGCUGUGCCCCACCUAGAAGCACCAUCCUGAGACUCAGAGCAUCAGGGAAGGAAUUAGGGCAGGGGAUAGAGGCACAUAGACCUCCAGCUGAUUCAAGUUCCUGAACCUAGAUUCACCUACACUUUCCAGGUGUGGGGACUGGUAAGUAUCCACUUGCUUAAGCUAAGGUGAAUUGGAUUUGUGGCAUUUAACAAGAUCCUGACUCACCCAUUAGUUUGUUAAUUAAGGUAUUGGCAUUUGAUGAACUAGGAUUGAAGACAUUGCAUUAAUGGAGAGUCACGUGACCUCUGAGGACACAGGUCAGCAUUCCCUGGGGCACUGGUGAUUUAUUAGUAUUCUGAAAUAGUAUAAAUAUUCUCUUAUUCUACCAAGACCCAAUGAUGGGGACGAGGUAUCCCCCGGUUUAGACCAGCAGAGACUAAUCAGAGAUUGUGAGAGAUUUUCCUCCUUGUGAAUUCCUGCAUCACUGAGAAGGAAGCUGGUGAGGACGCAAUAUGUGGUCAGAGGCCUAGAUGAUUCAGUGUGGUGCCAUCUCGAGAGCCGUUGUUCUCCAUGAUGGUAGCAUCACGCCUGUCUGACAAGGUCUGCUGGCUGAUGUUGAUAGUGAUGAAUGGAUACAGCCUCGCUUCUUUCUGCUCUUUGCAUCUUCAGACAGGGCUGUGGGUGCUGGCAGGAGCUGGCAGAGGGCAGGACUGUAGUGAUGCACAGAGGUUUGAGAAGUAGGCUUGGAAAGCCUUCCCUGGCCCAGGUCUCUGGGUGGAGCUGAAUCUGAACCAGGACCUGAACCUGCACGUUAGGGACUGCCUCCCUCACACAAGCCCAGGCUGGAGUCAGAGCUACCCUGGGGUUUGACUAGAAGGGUCCUCAGCUGGGUGGGCAGUGCUCAGGCCUGUGCCUAGCCUGAGGUGCCUGCAGCACAAGGAGCUAUGAACCAGCUGGUGAGCUGGCAUUCCUUAUUUAUAGUUACCUUCUUCAGAUGGGAAUGCAUCAACACACCAGUAGAUUUUUGUGCAUUGAAAACACAAAAGAGCUUCACACUCAGGUCCAUCUGGUAGAAUUUAAAGGACAACCUAGAAACUGGUACUGUUCUGUCUCCUGCAUUUGUCUUGGGUGGGGUUUCUGCAGGGUAUGAGAUUUCUACCUCACACCUGGUCUUAUGUCAGUGUCUAGAAGUACCCUGAAAUCCUUUGAUAAAGGCAGGGAGGCCUGGUUUUGUUUUGUUUCGUUUUUUUUUUCCUUCUCUAAAUAUGGUCUAAAAACUCAGUUGUGCCUUUCUGGGUUCUGGACAAUAUUCUGUUUCAAAGGUUCAAAGCAUGGAGCCCUGAGCUAAGUAAAUCCCUAGACCUUGCUCCUUGGAGGCUGACCCUGCCCUCUGAAGAAUUCUCACAGGGCCUGCAGUGGGCAGGCCAGAGUAAAGGCAAGAGAGAGUGAGUGGGUGUGGCCUCAUUAGUAUCAGGCCCUCCCAGAUGUAGAAAGCAGUACAGCUGUUCUUGCACAUUGAGAAAUAGUUGUUUUCACUGCGUAAAAUAAUGAUUUUUAAAAAGCCAUUGUAUUUUAUUAUUACAUGGCAGGCCCUUCUGUCUAGGGAAGGGACUUCUCAGAGUAAAAAAGUUGAUCCUGUAAGAACAUUUCCUUGGAUGAACUGGGACCGGUAGUGGGGAUGGCUUCCCUUGGUGUUCAUUUCAGCUCUAACACUGGUAACAUGCACAUCAAUAAGGGCACCAUUGUAACCGUGUGUAAGUGCACAUCUGGGCCCCUGAGCAUAUCCACACUGGUACGUGGCCUCACUGCUGUCCACCCCUAGAACUGCCACCUUCCCAACCUGAAACCACACCUGCGCAGCAAUUCUUUGUCCCACCACCCUGCUUUCUGUCUGCAGGAAUCUGAAUUCUCUAGGGAUCUCACAGAUGUGGAGUCACACAGAACCUGUUCUUUUGUGUCCAGCUUGUUUCAGGGUCAUCCAUGUCACCCUUCACUGCUCACAGUGAUACUCAGUGGCCUUCCUGGAGGAACAAAACAUGACAAGUGUGCAAACACCAAGUGGCAAAUGCAAUCAAGGAUUCCAUGCCCCAUCUCAUGGCAUCCCCAGGCUCGUGCCCUGUAGCCCUGAGCCACACAUAGGCCAGAGGUGCACGUGGCCUCCAAAAGAAAACAGGCUCAGAGGGCUGGUGACAGGCAGACACUCAAUGCCUGGUUUGGGAAUUCUUUGGGGAGAUUGCAGGUGGAGGUUUUUUGAGAGACAAACAGAAAGCAAAACUCCAGGAGCCUCCUGGCCUCCGACAGUGCCAUGGGUGCCUUUACAGUGUGAGAACUUUCGCAAGGGCUGUCAGCCAUCCCAGCUUUCUUCUCAGGAAAAUUCUAGUGGAAAAUGUGACUUUGAUGAAACCUCUUUUAUUUCAAGGCUCUUUGUAAAAAUUGAUGUCUCAAGCCAAGUGUGAUGAUGCAUGCCUGUAAUCCCAGAAUUCAGGAGGCUGAUGCAGGAGGAUCACCAUGAGUUCAAAGCCAGCCUGGGUUAUAUAUUGAGUUCUAGGCUGGCUUGAAUCACAUAGUGAGACUCUGUCUCAAAACAAUAAAAAUAAGAAUUUGGGGCUUAAAAAGCAAUCUGGACAGAACUGUUGCCAUUUCAGUUGGUCUCAUUCCAAAGUGUCUUGCUUCCGGGUUUCCAGAAAUUUGGUGUUUUGAAACUCUAGGGUACAGACUUGCACAGUAGGUUUUCAAGUAUCAACUAUCGAGUUCAAAGUAGGCCGGUUUUGAAAGUGGUUUCUAAAAGGUUUGGUUGAAAAAUAUUUUUGUUCUAAGAUGUUCCAGAAAUGUCUCCCAAAGCUGAGAGCCACUGCCCAGGCAGAGGGUGUUCCCCAUGCGCUCGUGCUCCUCAGGGAGCUGAGGACACAGCUCGUGGCAACGUGUUUUUCCUUUCAGAAGCCCAUUCAUGGGGGGACAUUUCCUCUCCUAUCCUUCUCUCCAAGGGCAUUCUGCAGAAGGUGCUCACCCCUGGAAGGCUGCUGCUCUCCCCUAGACCCCAUUCAUUGUGACCUCAGCCCACACACUGUGUCCCUGAGCAUAGAAACAUCCCUUCAGGACAGUGUCAUUCAGGACCAGAUAAGAAAGGGCUGCCUGCUUGGGAAAAGGCUUGUAUGAUGGAAACACAGGACAAUAGAAGGUUCUGUAAAAGUCAUGAGCUUAUGGUUAUGAGACCCAGAAGUACAACAGAAGUGAACAUCAGAGAGGCCUCUCUGAGGCUCCUCAAUGAAAAUUGAAGCCCACUGGGAAAGUGAAGAAAAUCUCUUGAAUAAAGGCACCACGGUGAUUGGUAAGUUGGUGGGAUCAGCUCCUCCCAUAGAAACCCAGACUCGCUCAGGGUGGAGGACAGCUGGAAGCUGCAGUAGAACCUUGUAGAUUUCAAUCCUGCAGGAGGUCAGGGACCUCAGCUUGGGC